GACUCACUUCCGGGGAGCACACCGGUCGAAAACACGGAAGAGAGUUAAAGUUUGUGAUAUACCAUUUAUCUGCUGUCAGAUUAUAGAGCAAUAACCAACAUGUCCGCUUCUCUGAAGAGCUGUUUUGCCGCCCUGCCUCGCACGGAGAGGGGUCGUCCUAUAGUUAUGGGUAAAGAUCCCAAGGGAAAGAACUUCCUCUAUUGUCACGGCACCAAUGUUUACAUUCGUGAUAUCGAGAACCCAGCCAUAGUGGACAUCUACUCUGAACAUGCGAGGGAGACCACCGUAGCGAAAUACUCCCCCAGUGGGUUCUACAUCGCAUCAGCAGACAUCACAGGCAAGGUGAGGAUUUGGGACACCGUGAACAAGACUCACAUCCUGAAGAAUGAGUUCCAUGUCCUUGGGGGCAAGAUUAAGGACCUUGACUGGGCCCCGGACAACUCCAAGAUCGUCCUAGUCGGAGCUGGCAAGGAGAAGUUCGGAGCAUGCAUUACAUAUGACUCGGGGAACAAUGUGGGAGAAAUAUCUGGCCACACGAAAGAGGCCAACUCGUGCUCCUACAAGCCGACACGCCCCUUCAGGAUUGUGACAGCGUCUGAGGAUCAAACUGUCGUAUUCCUGGAAGGACCUCCCUUCAAGUACACCAAGACUAUCGGUGUCCACACCAACUUUGUCAACUGCGUGCGCUUCUCUCCCACAGGGGAUGUGUUCAUCACAGGUGGUGCUGAUGCAAGGGCUUAUGUGUUUGAUGGCAAGACUGGGGAGCAGAUUGGUGAACUGGGUGCUCCAGCCCACGGAGGCGGCAUCUACGCACUUGACUUCAGCCCGGAUGGAAGUCAAGUGCUGACUGUGUCAGGAGACAAAACCGCCAAGAUAUGGGAUGUUCCCUCCAGACAGCUUGUCACUGAGUUCCGAAUGGGCACCGAGGUCCGAGACAUGCAGGUGGGCUGUCUGUGGCAGGGGUCACACAUUCUGACCGUGUCCUUGUCUGGACACAUCAACUACUUGGACAAGGACAACCCCACUACGCCCCUCCGUAUUAUCAAGGGCCACAACAAGCCAAUCACAGCGCUUGCUGUCACGACAGACAGAUCCAGGAUAUACACGGGUACCAGCGAGGCAGCUAUUAAUUACUGGAACGUGUCCUCCGGUGAGUCGGAAGAGAUGAAAGGUAAAGGUCAUUCCUCCCAGGUGCAGGACAUGUCGAUGGACGAGGACACAUUCACAACUGUUGGCUUCGACGACACACUGAGGGACACCAGCGCAAUCAGUAAUGAAUAUAGUUUGAACAGCAAUAAGCUGGACUCCCAACCGAAGAGCGUCAGCAGGAAACAAGGAAUGUCGGUUGUGGCUUGCAUUAACCAUGUGAUGGUGUUGGAGGGAAAUCACAAGCUGUCUGCGAUUCCUGCUAAGUUUGAUCCUCAGUGUGUGGACAUACAUCCAGGCAUGUCACAAGUAGCAGUUGGAGGGAGUGAUGUGUUUGUGGUGUACCAACUCAGUAAUGGUACUCUGUCUGAGGUGAAGAGGAUCUCAAUUCCUGAGUGUACAGUGAAUAGCGUCCGGUACUCGCCAGAUGGCGCCAUCCUUGCCGUUGUAGGGUCGAACAAGAGGGUCAUGGGCUACAGUGUUGACACUUAUGAGGAAUUGUUUAGCUCUGUGGCUCAUGCUGCCCGUGUUUGUGACGUAGACUGGUCACCUGACUCGAGUCACUUAGCAACCUGCUCUAUUGACAGCGGCAUUGCAGUAUGGAUUCCGGUGAAGUCGUUGCAGAAUAGAGUAGCUACAGUUAAAGAUGCUCACCAGAAGAGCUUCGCCAACAAGAUCCGGUGGUUGGACAACAACACUUUUGUGAGCGCGGGGCAGGACUCCAACAUCAAGCAAUGGAGUGUACAGUUCUGAUGCAACUUAUAGAUGAUGCUGUCUCCCUGUUUACAUCGAUUAGCAAUUUUCUCACCAGUAUUUUCCAUUCAUAACACCAAUUAUCAUAAUUUCUAUAUGUAUGAAUAUUUUGAUUCCAAACUUUGGUUGCUUUCAGUGUGUUGUUAUUUUAUGGUUAACAGUUACCAGGGCUCGAUUUAGCUAUAAUAGACCUAUUAUUGAAAAAUGCUUCCAGAUAUUUUUGUCUGCAAAUGCAUGUAAAAAGAUUUCAAAUGUGUGUCUGACUAACCCUUACUUGGCCACACAAAUGGAUCUUUGAACACACACCAAUAAAUUCAAGUUACCAAACUGCAUCACCAAUCCCUGUGUUGUGUGUAACAUGCUUUCUUAGGCUUCAAGAUUAUGUGCAAGUUACGUUUUACAGCAAUGUGGCAUUAAUUUAUGUGACACUAGCAGCAGACGGGGCUAUGUAUCAAUUGUGAUAAACCAAAUAAACUGCACAUGGUGCAGUUAUGUCAAGUUCCUUAAAUCGAGCCCCGGUUUCCAUGCUUCUUGAUUAUUCUUGUUUGUAAAUAUGAGGCUUUCUUCAUGGAGGCCUAGUCUUGUUGUGAAAAAAUCUUAAUUCUGUGGGGACAUCUUCAGUCAACAGUUUAUGAUGAUUUGUGAUAUGUUGAAAUGUCAAGACAUAUUUUCACAAGUAAUAUUUGACUGUCAUAAGUCUGUGUUGAAGCAUAGCAGUUCUGAUUGUUUUAAGUCUGUGUCAAGGUGUAGGACUUAUGACUGUUGUAAGCCUGUGUUGAAGAAUAGGCUAUUAUUAUGACUAUUAUAUCACUAUUCUCUCUAUACAACAAUUGGCCAUAGGGCCAAGAGAGGUGCAGCAAGCUCCAAUUAUUCUUUGGGAAGGGUGUGUGUGUAAUUAUUAGCAAGAUGGUAAGAAAAUUGCCGAUUAAAUGUGAAAUGGUGUGAUAAGCUUGCUGAGAAGUGCUGCCAGCAGAAUGAGAAGGCAUCAUUGUAUGAUGUCUCGCUAGACAUAUUAUGAAAUCACCAUAACCUAUUUCUCAGGAGUAACCUCUGUGCACUAUGCUUGUAUAUACAUGUAUUAGCAUCUACUGACCAUGCUCGCAUACCGGUAUUUGUGUUGUAGUCAGCCCACAGUCAGAUCAAGACUGAUCCUAGUGCUAGAACUACUUUAGGCCUGGAUGUCGGUGCUAGUUUCAUUGUUAUUGUCAAGAAGUAAUUCUUUUGUAAUUAUGAUGUCUGUAAAAGAUCCAGAAAAUUGUAAAUGUUUAACUACUUAUUGAUGUUUGAAUUUCCCCAAACCACCCUCAGCCUGUAAUAAAUGAUUAUAUUUUUGUUUAUAUUUUACUGGUCAAAUCGAUAAUGGAAGUUUCUUGGAGACGUUCAUUGAAAUUACCUGUAGUACUGGCCAUCUUAAAGGCUAUAUCAGAAUAUAUGGGUUUGCUAAUGGCCACCAGCUGGGUUUUUAGUAAUUAAUCUCUUUCUCUGCCUACCGAACAAAAUAUGUUGAAUUCCUUUUCUAAUUCAUGACAAAAACGUAGUCCUUGUGUUAAUUCAAAAUGCAUUUAAAAAACAAAAUUAGCUUUAAGACAAUCAGAAGCAAUUUAGAGACAUAUUUGAGUGAAAGAAUCUAAGAAACAAGUGUAAAGGUGCCCUUUGGGAAGGCUAAAUGAGAACGUAAGGUUUUUUCAGUUACCAUAUUUGUUGUAUUAGUGCCACACUCCAGUAAGUGCCCCCGACCAACUUCUAGACCAGCCUCAAAAUAAUCUUCAUAAGCGCCCUGUACAUUUAAACAUGUAGGAAACAGUCAGUACUUUCUUGUGUGUGUUACAGAUGUUUUUACAGAAAACACAGCAGCUUAGAACACAUUUAAAGAGGGGUGUGUAAUUGAAUAGUCACUACAAGUAUUUACAAGGCACACCUCGUUGUCAAUAAUCCUCAUAAUGUUUGCAGCGCCACGGGUGCUUAUUACUGCGAAUAUGGUACUUGGAGUGUUGAUGGAGCAACCUGCAUCCUAUUAUGGUAUUUUGAUUGCAUUUGCAUUUUUAUUUUUUUCAUUUAUGAAUAUUGUUAUGAUACAGCAGCCAGAUGCCAGAGAUGCAGCAGGAUACCGGAACAAGACGUAUAUCUGCAGGGGACAGCUCUGCCUUCAGCCCCUUAACUCUGAAGUACAUGUAUAUUUGUACAGCUGAAACUUAAUAAACAUUGCAAAGAUGCUUGUGUUUUGGAUGCAAGGUACACUGCAUUGCAUGCAGAACCUGCUGUUAUGAAACUCUAAAUCAUGUGUUCAUAUAUCUGAAGCAGAAUAUUUGCCAGCUUCAUGAAUAAAUGGAAUACUAUUCUCAUGACAACAUCUUGAAGCAUUCAGUCCAAUUCCGUUCCCACUUGGACAAUGAUGAUAUCCCUAUCAUAUCCCAUACUACUUGAGUAGUAUGUUAUAUGAAGUAUCACAUCUUGUGUAUUCUCCAAUGAUGGGGUGUCCAUAAGGACAUGGUUCAAAUUUGUAAGAGGAGUGGCUACCAUUGGUGAUUUGCUCAAGGCUCUGGCCUUGACCUCUCCUGUCACUUAUUGUGUACAAAGUUAGUCAUGAUAAUAUAUUUCUUGAACUUUGAUCAAAGGUUAUUAUUUGCAAUGUGGAUAUUUCAGUGCUUGGUGUGAGAGUGUUAGUAUGUACACAGUUUACUAUAAGUGCCUUUGAAUUUUGAAAUUUUCACUUAUUAUGCUAUGAAGGAAAUAAUUUGGCAUCUGAAUGUUAUACCUUCCUGAUUUUGAUUGAAUAUGUUGAACGAUUCGAAAGACAUUGUUGAAUAAGUUAGAUUUGUCUUGCUGGUGUGAGUAACCAUGGUAACAAAGUCUUCAUUGUAAUAAUAUUUUCUGUGUUUACAGUCUUUUUAAAAAAAUGUUGGUUUGUAGGUUGGAAAAUAAUUAAAGACACAUUUUUAAGUAUUAGUUAUUGUGCCCAAACAUUUCUGAAUAUGUUCCCCUGUUUGCAGUGUUAAACAGGUCUCAUUUAUCUUGCAGAGUAAGUUGGUUGAUCCAUGAACUAAGUUUCGGAAAGGCUUUGCCUAAGACUUAAAAAAAACAUAUGCUUUGAAAUAAUUUUAUCUAAAAAAAACUCAUGACAGUUUGAUCUUUAUAGUGAAAAUAAAAUAUUUAAUGCUAUUUGUUAAUGACGUUAAUGCACAAUGCAGUUCUGAGGUUGAUCAGGUCUCAAGUGCCCAGAAUUGAGUAGUGUUUGGUGUAGAUAAAGCUUGCUUCUUGUCCAUGAAUGUCUCCACAGCUCUUGCCAGGGGUGUAGUGUAUGCAUUAUGUAGGCAUUAUGUAGGCAUCAUUUAAAACACCACUUAACAGUCAAGAGAUGACCAUCCACAAAUGUCUUUCAGCUUUCAAGGUUUCCACACAGAAGCAUUGCUUUGUUUAAAGUAUAUUGUGCUAAUUCAAGAUGUUGUUGCAUAUGCUUGAUACAUCUACCGUAUUCAACCCAAUAAGCGCCCAUGUCCCAAUAAGCCACCCCCCCCCCCCCUGUUCCCGGAUGACCAAGUAAGAUUUACUCACCUGUUUUUUACAUAUGGUCAAGAAUCUUUUGUAGUCGGUUAAUGAGGAGAUGUUCACCAGUAAAACGUAAGUAACAGUUAUCUCUAGCCCCCCAGCAACAGAAGAAUAUGGAUAGGCUUACUGAUGCAUUUAAGCCAAUUUGACUCUGAAUUGGUCCCAAUAAGCGCCCACCCCUUCUGUCUUUAUUUUAAGCGCCCUGGGCGCUUAUUGGGUCGAAUACGAUAUUUCAUUUUAUUGUUCCACGUUGAAUCGGGCUUCAUACACUGAAGUAAUCCCUUUAGUUGAACACUUUGUGCUUGUUUUGUUUUCAAAUAGAAUUAUGUAGCUGUACAACAUCUGUGCAAGUGUAUAUGCUUAUUGCUAUGAUCACCUGAAAACACAUUCAGUGGCGAUUUAGUCAGUUUGUCAGCCUAUUUUUUGAAAAUAUUAAAACAACUGUAUAUAGCUGAAAAAAGCAUGAGGAGAAAAUGUGUUCGACUGAAACUAUAUAUUUGAUAGAGAAAUGUUCAUGGAAUAUAUGAUCCAUUAUUUUAUUAAGAAUAGAUUAGGUUGUUAGAACCAGAAUAUGUUUAGCUAAUAUUUCACGUGGACUUAGAAGUUUGUAUUGGCCAUCCCUUUUCCUAGCAUCUACAAGGAGGUAUUUGCAUCAACUUCUGACGGGCCACAACAAAGAAAGUAAUUUUUGUCAGAAUAUAUAUGGAAUUGGUGUUGCUGUAACAUAUUUUAGAAGAUUUAAAUAAAAUAGAAAAUUCCUUCAUUGGACGUUUGGGCACAUAAGUGAACCUGUAGUUGAGGGUGCCACAAUUUGCUGUGCAGAGUUGUGUCCCUUAGUGCCUGGAUCUGCUGGUUGUUGGUUCAAAUCCCAUUUUAAUCCUGAUUAUGAUCCUUGGUGUGUUAGUACCUGUACUGGUAGGUUUGACAGGUAUUUAUACAAGUCCGUGGUUCCACACAAGGAAAUGUCUACGACCUACACGGUUAUUUUUCUUGACAUGUGAAUUUGACGCAUUUCUUUACUAUUGCAGUGCAACUAAUUAAACUAAUCGUAUAUCAAUGCUUCUUAGAGUUUCAUUAUAAUGAGGCAUAAAUGCUUGUUGAAUUCCAGAUUAUGAUAGUUGGUUUGUCAGCACCAUACUAUUGCUGUGAGAUAACUGUAAUACGGAUGAAGUGUUAUAGUCAUUCCUUAUCGUGAACAUAACUUAAAUCACUACCAGAUAGGGUAACACAGGGUGUAGAUUUUACCAUUUUGAUCAGCAAGUCAUUGUUUAGACGUGUGCAUGGCCAAGUAAUGUCGAUGUAACCACAAACAGAUAGGGUAACACAGGGUGUAGAUUUUACCAUUUGGAUCAGCGAGUCAUUGUUUAGUCGUGUGCAUGGACAAUUAAUGUCGAUGUAACCACAAACAGAUAGGGUUACACAGGGCGUAGAUUUCACUACUGUGAUAAGUCAGACAGUGUUACAGGGACAGUUGGUGUCCUUCAUCUGUAGAAUGUUAUGCAGUGACUGUAGGAGAACAUUUCUGGUCAAAGGAUAGUACGAUACUGUGUUCGGGGGAGACCACUGGAAUAAUCAAAUUUUAUGGCUACAUAAAUCUUGAAGAUUUAAUGAAAGUGUUCAGGUAUGUUCAUAUGAUUAACACCUAGCUUUUCCUCUUUGUAUACCUUAAAAAUGUUGAACUGAGAUCAUCCAGAACAUCAGUAUGGCUAAAACAAGUGAAAAAGGCUGUUUUUUUUAAAGUGAAAAUCUAGCAAUGAACAACACUAACACCUUGUUUUUAACUCUCAAAACUUGUUCUGACUCAAAUAUGAGAAAAAUGCUUCCUGAAAACCUGGAAGAUGAGCCCUUUAGACACACUAUAGCAGCCCCUUUAAAUUUGGUGUUGUAAGUCCAAAUCAUGCCAGUGAUGCAAAGAGCAAAGUCUAUUUCUAACGACUUCUGAAAACUUUUUUUCCUAAAUGUUACAGUUAGUCAAAACCUUCCUCGUGAUUCUUGUCCUUUCAAGUCUGGCAUUAUGCACAAUCCCAACACGAUUUCAUCUGCCAUGAGACAUGGUGGAUCAAUGGAUGUUUUGGUACACUGCCGGUUCAGCUGGCAGGCCCAGGGGUAUGUGAAUCAUUGAUGAAGCUAUCAGUGUCCAUCUUUGAUUAGUGUAGUUAGCCUUGUUACAUUAAUGUUGUGUACUUCAUAACCUUUCUGCCCCUGCCCUAAUAUAUUUUUCAUUUUUAAGCACUUUUUAACAAAGUUUCAAGUCAUAUUUUUUUCACAAGAUCCCAACUUUAUGCAUGCACUAUGCCAUUAAGAGUGUCAGAUUCUCAGGGGACCUAGCUGUGGCCUUGGAACAGUCUCUUCAAGCUUUGAUUCGCAAGAAUGUGGCCAAAGGUACAUUAGAAUCAGUUUUCUUAUUGGUUUGUAGAAGGCAUGGUUGGUCUAUUUGUCUGAGGUGCCACAAUUCUCUGUGCACAGUUGCCUCCCUUGGACACUCCAGAUUUUGGGUUCACAUCCUGGGUUCGCCACGAUUAUGUUUCAAGGUUUGUCAGCGCAAUACCCGUACUUGCUUGAAAGAUGAAAUGAAAAAUAAACUCUUCUACCCAGCUUGAAGAAGGUUAUAAGAAAGGUUUCAACGAACUAGUCUCAGAUCUUUGGUGGCUGACUAGCAGGUAACAGUAGAUAUCUUGUAUGACACGCUCUAAACAACACAGGAAUUGUUGGAUAUAGUUUUAUUCCCACAAGUUGUAAAUGGAGGGAAUAUGGUGAUCGGUCUGUAAUCAUUUCAAUUUCAGAAACACCUUGCAUUCAUUUGCACACAUCCGUGUGGUGAAGUGGUGCUUUUUUCAUUUUGGACUUCUUAUUUUGGGGGGCUUUUGUUUCUGAAGCAGCACUAAUAUACAUUUAAUAUAUUUGAACACCUUUUUACACAUGGUGAUAUGGUGUCUUGAUUCAAUGGAAAUCAGUAGAACUUGUUGCUAAACAGACUUCAGAAAAGUAAGCGUGAAAACUGUUUUGGGACAGAAGGUUUUCGUCUUGCAACGGAAUAGUUCAUGUCCAUUGAACAGGGGACUGCGGAGGUGCACGUCGUGUUAAUGCUCUACGUGUAUAAGUCUGUGAGCCAGUGCACUGUUGCCAAAUAGCAAACCUUCCACCCCUGCUGUUAUCAACUACAUGGAUAAUGCAGUCCUUGGGUAUGGUUGUCAGGGUGUGAUUGUCCUCAAGUUUGUUUAGCAGGAAGCAGGGUAGGAGUAGUUGGAGGGGGAUCAUCUGGUGAAGGUCGAUGCAGAAAGGAUGCAGAAAUCACUGGUUUCAUAGCAAUAUUCUUGUACAUCGAUGAAGAACAUGUGGAUACCUUUCGAAGUUGGAUGUGCUAUGUUACUAAUAUGCAAUGUGGCUGCCUUGAAGCAGACUGUAAUAUAUUUAGCAACUAGUAAAAUAGAUAAUGUAUU